AUGUACAAACUCAACUGCAUUGUCUUGGGCGAUGAUCCUAGUCAUGCAUUUGAGAUCAAGAUUGAACCAACAGAGAGUGUCAGCGCCCUCCGAAAGGCUAUCAAGGACGCGAAGAAGCCACAUUUUGACCAUGUUGCUGCUGACGAUCUUGCGCUAUGGAGGGUCGACCUGCCUGCCGACGAGGCGCCCAAAAACCAUACACUUGAUUCAAAGCAAAGCCUGUCAGCUGUGGCUAAAUUGUCCAAAUUUUUCUCUGAACAACCCAACGAAGAACACCUGCAUAUCGUUGUCCAAGGCCCACCUGCCGUGUCUUCUGGACCGCUCCACCUCCGACUCAACUGCAUUGUCUUGGGUGAUGAUCCUAGCCAUGCAUUUGAGAUCAAGAUUGCACCAACAGAGAGUGUCAGCGCCCUCCGAAAGGCUAUCAAGGACGCGAAGAAGCCACAUUUUGACCAUGUUGCUGCUGACGAUCUUGAGCUAUGGAGGGUGAGUGAUCUGAUGCCUACGAUUGGAUGCUGA